UCUCUUCGUCCGCAUCAGUACGUAUAUCCUUCCCCCCUACCUCCCUUUCAGUCUCUUCCUUUCAAUCAACCCUUUCCUUACUGACAUCUGUUUUGCUCAGUACCUCUACGCGAUCAGCCGUAGGAUCUGAGCAAGCUUUUUCACAGAAUCUUUCUAGUAUCUUACAAAGAACUACAAAGUUCUCAAAACCUUCAAAAUGGGUAAGGAAGAGAAGUCCCACAUCAACAUCGUCGUUAUCGGCCACGUCGAUUCCGGCAAGUCCACCACCACUGGUCACCUGAUCUACAAGUGUGGUGGUAUCGACCAGCGUACCAUCGAGAAGUUCGAGAAGGAAGCCGCUGAACUCGGUAAGGGUUCCUUCAAGUACGCCUGGGUUCUUGACAAGCUCAAGUCCGAGCGUGAGCGUGGUAUCACCAUCGAUAUCGCCCUCUGGAAGUUCCAGACCUCCAAGUAUGAGGUCACCGUCAUUGAUGCCCCCGGUCACCGUGACUUCAUCAAGAACAUGAUCACUGGUACUUCCCAGGCUGACUGCGCUAUCCUCAUCAUUGCCUCCGGUACUGGUGAAUUCGAGGCUGGUAUCUCCAAGGAUGGUCAGACCCGUGAGCACGCUCUGCUCGCUUUCACCCUUGGUGUCCGUCAGCUCAUUGUUGCCCUCAACAAGAUGGACACCAACAAGUGGUCCGAGGACCGUUACAAGGAAAUCGUUAAGGAGACCUCCAACUUCAUCAAGAAGGUCGGAUUCAACCCCAAGAACGUUCCUUUCGUCCCCAUCUCCGGUUUCAACGGUGACAACAUGAUUGAGCCCUCCACCAACUGCCCCUGGUACAAGGGUUGGGAGAAGGAGACCAAGGCUGGUGCCAAGGUCACCGGUAAGACCCUGCUCGAGGCCAUCGAUGCUAUCGAGCCUCCCACCCGUCCUACCGACAAGCCCCUCCGUCUUCCCCUCCAGGAUGUCUACAAGAUCGGUGGUAUUGGCACAGUGCCCGUCGGCCGUGUCGAGACUGGUGUCAUCAAGCCCGGUAUGGUCGUCACUUUCGCUCCUGCCAACGUGACCACUGAAGUCAAGUCCGUUGAAAUGCACCACCAGCAGCUCCAGCAGGGUAACCCUGGUGACAACGUUGGUUUCAACGUCAAGAACGUUUCCGUCAAGGAUAUCCGCCGUGGUAACGUUGCCGGUGACUCCAAGAACGACCCCCCCAUGGGCUGCGCUUCCUUCAACGCCCAGGUUAUCGUCCUCAACCACCCCGGUCAGGUCGGCGCUGGUUACGCUCCCGUCCUGGACUGCCACACCGCUCACAUUGCUUGCAAGUUCUCUGAGCUCCUUGAGAAGAUUGACCGUCGUUCCGGUAAAUCUAUCGAGAACAACCCCAAGUUCAUCAAGUCUGGUGAUGCUGCCAUCGUCAAGAUGAUUCCCUCCAAGCCCAUGUGUGUCGAGUCCUUCACCGACUUCCCCCCUCUCGGUCGUUUCGCUGUCCGUGACAUGCGUCAGACCGUCGCUGUCGGUGUUAUCAAGAGCGUUGAGAAGGCUGCUGCCGGUGCCGGUAAGGUCACCAAGGCCGCCCAGAAGGCCGGUAAGAAAUAAGCUGGUUAAUAUGUGCGGGGAUGCAAUUAUGAACCUUUUAUGAGCACACAAAAAUAUGGAAUUCUCAUGAAAUUAGACUUCAAUUAUGUAGUUGAUCCUACAGAACUUGAAUCAUGAUUUUGUUCAAUCUA